GCAGAGCCAAGAAUGGAAAAUGGAGGCACGCUUAUAAGGCCUGGGCCCCCGAGCCUGGUUUCCUCACCCCUCCCCGCCGGUCACCCUCGCGCCGCCGCCCGCCAAGCCGGCCAGGCAGCCGAUCGCGCACCGGACCCCCCCUCCUUCCCAACUCCGACGUUGGCAAGAGAGGCGGGCGUUCCACCGCCGGUCGAGCCAUCUGCCAACCAAACCAGUAGCUGAUAACCAGCCAACCAUGGCGGCGCGCCCACUCCUGCUGGUGCCGAUGGCACCGCUCCUCGUCCUCGUCCUCCUCUCCCGCGUCCCGCCGGCCGCCCCGGCCAGCUUCCUCGAACCCCUCGAAGACCUCUUCCCGAAGUUGGGCACCGCCAACGCCACCACCACCUCCUCCCCCGCCCCCGCCAACUCCUCCUCCACCCCCGCCCCCUCCAGCUCUGCCAAGUCGCCCGGGCCCGCACCAUCCGCCGCCGCCCCGCCGCCGGCGGCGGUAGACUCGGCGAAGCAGAAGGAGAAGCAGCAGGAGAAGGCGCUGGACGACGCGGCCAGGGAGUGGGGGCGGGCGAAGGGGGUGGUGUCCCCCACCAACUUCACGGGGUCGUACAAGGGCAUGGCCCGGGAGUUCGUCACCGCCCACAACGUGGUGCGGGCGCGCUACGGCGUGCCGCCCCUGAGGUGGGACAAGAAGGUGGCGCGGCACGCGCGGCGCUGGGCCACCGCCAUCCGUCGGAACUGCAAGCUCCAGCACUCGGGCAACCCGUACGGCGAGAGCAUCUUCCUGAGCAACAACAACUGGAACGCCACCGCCAAGGAAGCCGUCGACUUCUGGUGCACCGAGGAGAAAAUCUACGACAAGCAAACCGGCAACUGCACCGACGGCAAACCCUUCGCCGAGUGCGGCCACUUCGCGCUCCUCGUGUCCAAGGGGUACCAGAGGGUCGGCUGCGCCCGCGUCGAGUGCGUCCAUGGCGGCGUCUUCGUAUCCUGCAACUACGCCGCCUAAAGCCUCGAGGAAAGGCCGCCCUUGAGUGGCUGGCCUUGUACGUAGCUAAGCGCUAAGGAAAGCUGCAGCUUCGCAAGCUAAUCGGAGCUGCAACUGCAACCGCUUUGCC